AUGUGUAAUUUUUAUCUACUGCUGAUUGCUGCAAUACCGCUGGGCGACUUGGUUUCUGCCACGCCCUCUUUGCGUACCGCCUCCGAGCCAGAGAAGAUUUUGAGCUCCUUAGCCCAACUGAGGCAGAGUAGCUUUCUGGACUGGAUUCAGUCCAUUUUGGGCCCCGAGGUUCCAGCGGAAUGGAGUUCCCCGGCAAAAAGGGAGUGCGCCGAGUGUUCCUGUGGCAAUAUAAAUACCCGUCAUCGCAUCGUUGGCGGUCAGGAAACGGAGGUCCAUGAGUAUCCCUGGAUGAUAAUGCUCAUGUGGUUCGGUAACUUCUAUUGUGGUGGAUCUUUGGUUAACGAUCAAUACGCCUUGACUGCUGCCCAUUGUGUUAAUGGUUUUUAUCAUCGAUUGAUCACGGUUCGUUUAUUGGAGCACAAUCGUCAGGAUAGCAAUGUGAAGAUCGUGGAUAGAAGGGUGUCCAGGGUGCUCAUCCAUCCGAGUUACAGCACCAGGAACUUCGAUAGUGACAUUGCCUUGAUUCGUUUCAAUGAACCAGUUCGUCUUGGAGUAGAUAUGCAUCCAGUUUGCCUACCCACUCCCAGUGAGAGUUACGCUGGUCAAAUGGCAGUGGUUACAGGAUGGGGAGCUCUGAGUGAAGGGGGACCCGUUUCGGAUACCCUCCAGGAAGUGGAAGUACCCAUCCUGAGCCAGGAGGAGUGUCGCAAUAGCAACUACGGUGAGUCCAAGAUCACCGACAACAUGAUCUGUGCCGGUUAUGUGGAGCAGGGUGGCAAGGAUUCCUGCCAGGGCGACAGUGGUGGUCCAAUGCAUGUCCUGGGAUCUGGAGAAGCUUAUCAACUAGCGGGCAUUGUGUCCUGGGGCGAAGGAUGUGCCAAACCAAAUGCCCCUGGUGUUUACACACGAGUGAGCAACUUCAACGAGUGGAUUGCGCAGAACACCAAGGAUGCCUGCUCCUGUUCGCAGCCAGAAGAUCCUGUACCCCCAGCAAACACCACCGAGCAAGGAGAACAGGAGAACACCACUGCAGAUGGAUCACCCGCAGCUGAUCCUGAAGUUGAGGAGGCCAACAAGUUGAUCUAA